AGCAUAACCUUGCCAUUUUUAACACACCAUUAUAAAGCAUAAUGGGUAUGACUGGGAUCAUUACCGGCCUUUGCCGAGGGGCAACAAGGGGAGUCAUGUCGGCAAAGCAAGGGAAUAAGAAUUUCUACAAGGGAACGGGGAGCGGACGAAUGGGGCGAUGGACAGCACGAGGACGCUUCAUCCUCGAACCAUGGAGGUUUCGUUCCUGGGAGAUACCAGAUCUGUCAACAUGUGAGCUCAAGCCUUACGUUUCAAAGAACGCCGAUAAGUACCUCAGACGAAGUCAUACGUUUCGAGAUUACUUUCGGCCAAAAAACAUUCCAGAGGACAUGGAUCCAGUAUUGGCAGAUCGGUGCAGAAUCAGGGCAUUGCAAGCAUAUAACAGAGUAGUGGCCGCGAAGCCGUGAGAGGGUACUUGAAAGUGCGGGAUUUGCAGUAGUUUUUAUUUUGAGUGGAGUAUUGUUUGAAGACUGGUUAAUAAUGCUAUUCACGUCGCUACGGCGACCCUUACAAAGUUACACUCCUCUCCCAUGCUAUAAUUACGCAUAACGACUAAACGAAUAUACUGAGAACUGAUGGUAGAUACA